GCAGGUAGGUGAUUCAUCGACUGUGGUUUAAAUUCCACAAUACGCGUUGUUUCUGGAGUAGUUUAAACGUCUUACGGAAGUAUUACUUCUGCGUACAUGGGUAAGCGUUAAGUAGCUUCGUAUUUGCGCAACUGCGCAAUCUUUAGUACUUCCCAACACAGCAGCUGAUAAAAAAUAUCGCAAUGUCUCUGUGCAGCAGCCACAUCCACACGCUAACUCAAAGUAGCCUAGCAAACCCCAUGAAGACACUUCGACCUGGCUUACAUGUCUGAUUGGGAAAUUCGCAGGAAGAAUGACGAUCCUAUAACGGACUUGAUUCAUUAGGACCGUAUCCCGCGUUGCAUAUUCGAUCUAACUGUAGAGAAUGAGUGCUCCCACCUUAGAAAACAGCUACAGUAGUGUGGGUGUCAGCUGUAUUUUCAAGUGUUUUUGUUGACUGCCUUGGCGGGGGCGGCUGCUGUUGCAGCUAUUGGUACUGCUUUUGGGACCAGUGACUGUUAUCUUUCGACAGUCAAAUGCGUUUAGUGAUGAUCAGUACCAACGGCUCGACGGGCAAUCAACCUGAGAAGCUCGCUGCAUUGUGUGUGUUAGCUAAAAAAUAUGGUGCUCUUCUAUAUUUCUUGGAUUCACCUGGAUCACUGUUGAUAGAUACCUCCUUUCUCACUGAGCUCCUAUUUGAUGGGAAUAUUCUCUUAAUGCUACAUCCGUGCAGUGCAACGUUGUACGUACUGCUUGCUAACUCUUUUUGAGACAUUUUCUCGGCUUAUAAUAGGAAAUCACAGUUUUGACUCCACUAGCGUUAAUAACAGUGGAGCCACGACAUCCAACACCAGAAAGCCACAAGGCUAUUCUGGCCGUAUAAAGAAAUAAUCGGAGAAUGAUGGCGGGCGGAUUGCAACCGAUGUUGUUGGUACUUCUCACAUCAGUUCGCUGACGUGCCAUCUCUGACGUUCGUUGUUCAAGCCAAAUCAACUCUCUGUUAGUCAUGAGGAUGCGAUCAUAAGGGUACCUCCUAUAACGUAUCGAUAGUAUUCUACGAUACCAAAACAAGACAGUGUAUUGUAUUCAAAAAAGUAGCAAAUCUACUUCAAACACUCCAAAUAGUUGCUCCCUUUCUGAUACGUCCUUGAGGCGGAUUCUGUGGGUGACAGCAACGAAGACCUGAUCGGGAGCACCACUGCACGCCACUAACAGUGAUCAAGCGAUAACGCAUAAGCAGCGUUUGUUCAUCAUAUUUGUAUUUAACGUAUGCUCACACUGCAUUCGUUUGUGCAUCGCACGAGGGCGCUGUGUGAUUUCGUCGUUGAUUUUUGUGAUGUCAAUAGUCGAAAGGAAGAUGCCUUGGAUUUUCUUGUUGUUGUAGGCUAGCCCAACAAAUUAAGAAUGUCGCGUUCGACGCUUGUGACAUACCAUGCGUCAUCGAUUGCGUUGUACGUUGUUUCUUUACCGCUUUUCUCCUUCAUCUUCUGUAUCGGUUAUUCGCUAAUUUUCAACUUUACCGCUAGCACGCAAACGCACUGCAAGGUAGCAAAUCUUCUUCCAUCAAUUAGUGCAGCUAUCGGUAGUUUCUCUCCUCAGAAGUUCGUCUGGCGAACCGGAAUUGGUAUACACAGUGCGCCGCGUUUUGUGUUUGCCGUUAUGUAUCGAAGCUGGCACCGGACCAUUCUUCCCGUACAAUACCGCCUGCUAGCCGAUGUAGCGUUCAUCCUCGAAUUCAUUGAAGAUACAAGCCUGCUUGGCCUUACCAUGGUUUCGUCAUCAGAGAACUAUCCGGUUCAUGAGAAGUGUUUCAUCACAUUCCUUCUAACUAGUGUAGCAUACAUGUGUUUGUGUGCUUUCGUGCUACCUCGGCUCCAGCAGCACCGGCGGGGCAUGCAGCAUCGGCAGUCGUUGCUGGUCAAACGUCGGGCAUGCCUAACUACACUGGUCUGUUCUGCCAUCUGCGCAGCGACCUUCUAUAGGCAUAAUGCUUAUUGCGAGCCCUACAUGUACACAGUAUUCGCACUUGCUGAAUAUUUAAUUGUCCUGUCAAAUAUGGCGUUCCAUGCAACCGCCUACUACGACUUUGAUGGAGCCACCAUCGUCGUUGGGUCAGCAGGGGAAGGCGGUGACGAUGCUGUGCAGCUUCUUAAGCGGACCGCGUUCUCGUAGGCCAUCGUCGUUGGAA